AUGAGGUCCUCGCCGUCGCCGUCCCCCGCUGGUUCAUCCCGCGCCCUCGACGCCCGCCGCCCACGCAGUGCUCAGACACAGACCGUCGCCGUGAACAUGGUUGAGGCUCCGAGUCAACAGGGUGCUCGUCAUUUUCAGCUUCAUGUGAGCGAAUGUGUCGAGACUAGGACCGUCACCACCACCACUCGCCUCACUAGAAAGUUUCCCCAAGUCUUUGUCCGCGAUCCUACGCCCUUGACGACCCUCGACGUCAGAGAAUAUCCUCUGGCCAUGAAGCCAACACCUCCCGAGUUGGCCGGCUUCUCCGUCACGCAUCCCGGCCAUGCUGACGAUAGCCCAUCGUACGAGGAAGAUGAACAAGAAGAGGAACAGCAGGACGGGCAUGUCAAGCAGGAGGCCGACGACGAUGCCGGCCUGUCUACAAACCAAGCAAACUUUCCCAACCGACCUGAUGCCAAAUAUACGCGGCCUACCUCUGAGCCGCAAUCCUUGGCCUCCCAAGAAACGAGACCACUCCGCCGCUCCAGUCGACAUCCCUCCGCCUCACCCAGUGAGACUCUUACCCGCCGCACCAGACAGUCCCGACAGUCCCUAGCCGAUUCCUCUACCUCCGCACCCCAAGACGGCAAACCAGCUACCUCUCGUCAGACUAGAUCUUCUCGUUCGCAGUCCCUGUCCGAUAGGCUGCGUAAAUCGGGGGCCCAAUCCCAGCCUGGCACUAGUCGGCGACAGACCAGUGAUGGUCCUCACGCUAACGCGACUUCCGGGUUUCUUGCUACUCCAGACACGUCUGGCGUUUUGGGACCAUCGCAGUCACGUUCUGCCAAGGGCAAGGCUCGCCAGUUGGACGUGGUUCAAGAUUCGCGGGAGACAACCCCCACUACCCAACCACAGUACGAUACUGCCAGCCCAACGGAAAGCGACGCCCAUACAAUUUUCAGCAGUAACGUGGCAACGCCACCAAUAACCGAUGCCGAUGCCGAGCCCUUCGGAGAUGCAGACGAGUCGCUUCAAAGAUCGAUUCGCCAGCACCAACGGCCCUCGAUAGAUAUCGUGGCAGCUCAAGAUGCUAGUCUGCCUAGCCCUCGACUGUCGCCCACGUUGGCUGCCGCAACACUCCCCAUUGUGGGCGAUGGUGCUGACGGAGAUGAGGGGUCUGGUUUCCAGGCUUCUAACCACUCCGCUUGGCCUGCCACUCAAUCAACUGACGACAUGGGCUCCAUGGCGCUUGCACCCACGGGCUACAGCCACAAUGACUCUCGGGAGAUGGUUAGCGCUCGUCACCCUUUCGUUGUUGACACGCAAACUCUGCUCGAAGCGUUCGAUUCUAUGAAGACGGAGAUGAAGACUUUUAUGAUGUACCAGUUCCUGCGACGAUGCCCUCGGCCGACGCUCCGUGUUAUCGCCGAUACCGUUAACCCUGCCCUCAAGUGUGAUUUCUUGAAGCAGCUGCCUCUCGAACUUGGCUACCAUGUGCUGGCCUAUCUUGAUCAUCGUGAUCUCUGCCGCGCUGCUCAAGUGUCUAGGCACUGGCGCAAUAUCGUCGAUCGUAACGAGACUGGCUGGAAGGAACUUCUUGAAUCUGAUGGCUUUGCAUUGCCAGAGGGUGAACUCAGCAAGGCAAUCACACAAGGUUGGGGUUGGCAGGACCCGGUUGGUCCAACAGGCCACGAGCGUGAUCUGAGCAUGCGCAGCCGCCUCGUCUCUUCCGAACUAGACCUCGUCCGUUCCAUUAAGAAUGAGCAGCUGUCCAAGACUCGGGGCGCGAAGCGGAAGCGCGCUUUCAAUGCAUAUACUGCAGCUGAGCGGUCGAAACGCCGUAUUUUUGCAAACGAUUCGCUUGUCUCUCGGGACGAUAAAGACGGGAUCGAGAUGAAGAAGCACAAAUCUGAAGGCCCCAUCUCUGCGGCCAACGCGGCCGCUGUGGCCGUGCCUGACCCUAAGCUAGGAUUGGGCACGCUUCGGCAGCUGCAUCUUUACAAAUCCCUCUACCGCCGCCACUUCAUGAUUCGGCAAAGCUGGACAAGCGGCAAAGUCAAGCCUAAACAUGUCGCAUUUGCAGCGCACCCUAGACAUGUGAUUACCUGUCUGCAAUUUGACGAAGACAAACUCAUCACCGGAAGUGACGACACCUUGAUACACAUUUACGACACACAUACGGGCAAGCUACGAAAGAAGUUGGAGGGACACGAGGGUGGUGUGUGGGCCUUGCAGUACGAGGGCAACAUUCUUGUAUCUGGUUCAACGGAUCGAUCGGUCCGAGUAUGGGACAUUGAGCGAGGAUUGUGCCAGCAAGUGUUUUACGGUCACACCAGCACUGUUCGCUGUUUGCAAAUACUCAUGCCCGCGGAAACUGGCCGCACCGUUGAUGGCAAGCCUAUCAUGCAGCCAGAGAAGCCGUUGAUUAUUACCGGAUCCAGAGACAGCCAACUUCGUGUCUGGCGACUGCCUGAAGUUGGCUCUAGACGCUACAUUCAGACUGGACCGCCAGCGCAGGAAUCUGAUUGCCCGUAUUUUAUUAGAGUACUCAUCGGCCACACACACUCGGUGCGCGCUAUUGCCGCGCACGGCGACCUUCUUGUGUCCGGCUCGUAUGAUACCACUGUCAGGGUAUGGCGCAUCAGCACGGGAGAGUCGGUGCAUGUGCUUCAUGGCCAUGCGCAGAAGGUCUACUCGGUGGUCUUGGAUCACGAGCGCAACCGAUGUAUCUCUGGCUCAAUGGAUUCUUUUGUCAAGAUUUGGGAUCUCGACAGUGGCGCAUUGUUGUACACUCUAGAGGGCCACAACAUGCUCGUCGGACUUCUCGAUCUGCGCGAUGAGCGCCUUGUGUCUGCUGCUGCAGAUUCGACAUUGCGCAUCUGGGACCCCGAGAACGGCAAGUGCAGACAUACGCUGAUGGCCCACACCGGAGCCAUUACCUGUUUCCAGCAUGACGGUCGCAAAGUUAUUAGUGGUAGCGAAAAGACGGUCAAGAUGUGGGACAUUCGCAGUGGUGAAUGGGUUCAGGAUUUGUUGACUGACUUGAGGGGUGUCUGGCAAGUCAAGUUUGACGAGCGACGAUGUGUUGCCGCCGUUCAGCGCGGCGAUUUGACUUAUGUAGAGAUUCUCGAUUUCGGCGCUGUUCGGGACGGCGUUCCUCCGGAGGAGCUUGGCACGCGCAAACUGCUUAAUGAGCCGGAAGUGCGAGCCAUACUUGAAGAGGAGCCGUGA